UUAACAACUUUAUGUUGGCUGUUUGCCUAAACUGGUACUAUGCUGAUAUAACCAAACUUCGUUGCUCUCUACCAUGGCAGACGUCCGUGCCCUACUUAAAGCCAAACGUCAGGAAGCACGUGUAAAUCAUCCACUAGCAUCUUAUACGACAGCCGGACAAUUGCGAUGCUCCGUCUGUGGAACGAACAUUAAGCAUGCAUCUGCUUGGGAUGGUCAUCUCGGCAGCAAAGCACACCGUACGAACGUGUCUCGCGCUAAGGAAGAGGAGAAGGCUAGGGAACAGCAACAGGCUGCACAUGAAGUUAAAAUUGCUAAAAGAAAGGGUGAUGAAGAUGCCCCUGGCGGAGAUGCGGCCAAGAGGCAGAAAACCGAGCCUGCUGCCUCAACUCCUCAUUCUAGCGCGUUUCCGUCAGACUUCUUCUCUGACCCGUCAAAAGCACCUCCACCGCCCCUGUCAGAUGAUUCUGAUGAUGAAGAGGUCAACUUGUCGACGGUUGCUCCCGCAAAGGAGUCGGGACCACACGAUGUUGCCGUUGCUCAACCAGAGCUUGACCAAGAGUGGAUCAAGUUCCAACAGACGGUGAUUAAUGCCCCUGACGCACACGAGACUUAUGACCGGGCGACUUUAUUUGCUGAACCGGAGCUUGUGUCUGACGUGGCAGAAGGCUUUCCCCCCCUGCAGGGUGAGAAAGAUCCUCCAGAGGUUGAGGCUAAAUUAGACCCGGACGAGGAAAGGCGGAGGAAGGAUCAGGAUGAAAGGGAAAUGAUCAUGGACCGCUUAUUGGAUGAGGAGAGGGCGCAGGAAGAGGCAGACAUGAAAGUCAGUGCAAUGAAAAGUAGGUUGGAGGCAUUGAGGAUAAAACGAGAGGCUGCACGGACAAAGUCAAAAGUUGCUGUGUAGCAAGACUUACUUACUCCCUUCUGAUGAUGUUAGGUGUAAUAUACCAUGAUUAAUUGUACGGCGUAUACUUUGGCAUCUGCUCCAUCUGAACGUC